UACUUUGUACUGUGUAGCUGUGCAGUAGCGUUCUUGUUGCCAAUCUAAUCUUAUCUAGAACUGAAGUGACUAGAGCAAUAGUCAACCCCUAGUGCUAGUGAUCAUACUACGAACCGGAAGUUGACGUGGACCGCUGCUUUUCUGCUGUAUUCCGAGUAAGAGGAUCACGCAACAGUCACCAUGAUCCAUGCUGUGCUCAUCUUCAACACAUCCGGGAUCCCAAGGCUGACCAAGUUCUACACACCCCUCCAUCAGUCUUCUCAGACAUUGAUACAGAAAAUAUUCUCUCUCAUAUCCAUCCGGCCUGCAGGACUCUGCAACUUUCUAGAUGCACCGGAGCUCGAGGCGUUUCUUGGCCCCAAAGACGGUUCGGACGAGAGAUGGCGCGUUGUCUACCGAAACUACGCCACUCUGUACUUUGUCUUCGUUGUCGAUGGUGCAGAAAGUGAACUGGGCAUACUAGACUUGAUACAGGUUUUUGUGGAAGGGCUCGAUAGGCACUUUGAGAAUGUCUGUGAAUUGGACUUGGUGUUUCAUUUCGACGAAGCGCAUCACAUUCUUGCAGAAAUCAUACAAGGCGGUCUUGUCUUGGAGACCAAUGGAGACGAAAUCAGUAACUCAGGUCUGUAAUUUUUCCAUUCGAAACGAUCAUGUACAAGCUUAAUCUGGCAUUCUGAUAUUAAUGAAUACUUUGCAGUGAAGCUAGCUUCGAAGGCCAGAAGGAACUCAUUUGCAUCAUCAAAUCCUUUGUCUCUAGGCAGCGGACCCGGGGGUCCGCGAAGCGGAUCUCUAGGAUGGUUGACUGAUAGGCUGGCAGGUGUCGCCACUCGA